AUGCCUCGAAUCCAAGAAAUAUCCCGGGACGUAUAUAACGAAGAUUACGCUGAGCCAAUCUUCAUACACGACAAUGUACUAAGCUCGGAGUAUGAAGACGAGAACAACUCGGAUGACAAUGAAGAUAGCGACGAAGACAAUGAAAUGGCAAUAUAUGAGACUGUUACAACUUGUCUUGAGCUCUUCUCCAGAUUUACAGGGCGAGCGGACUCGCCUGAUACUUACGCUAAAUCAGAGGACAUCAUGGACAAGCGCCCAACUGACACAGUCAAGUUCAUUGGGGACAUGGAGGGAAGUUUCAACCUCUGGAUUGACUAUACUGGCGCUUUAGCUGCCAAUGUUAGUCGGUCCCUCGAUGUCCGCCUACAAGGGUACACAGACAUCAAAGGCAUGUGUGUAGAGCUGCUCCAGAUGCUCGCGAGGAAUUUAGAGUACUUGGACAAGGGAGACGAAAGGGGUUUAAACAGCCUAACGAACAGCGAGUUACAGAACGAAGCGGUCAAGUCCAUCCAGGAAGCUGUUGAAGAGCUGCAUUUCAUGGCGAGUGUCAUUCGCAGGUCGUCCGUUCGAAGUCAGAAUUACAGUCUCUCGUCGAGAUUUGAAAGUGAUGAUGAUCCUUACUUUGAAAACUACGUGUUUCUGAUCCUCAGCAAUACAUUUCCCCAUGCUCGGCGAUCUCUUUGCAAGCAACUUGGCGCAUCAAUUGCACUUCGCCGAAAGCGUCUACGUUGGAAGAUUCAGCACGAGGAAAAACUCAAGACCAGGCAAACACCAGAUCAAGUCAACACCAGUCCAGAACAAGCAACCCCUGUUGCCCAGUCGCAGCCAUCUCGGCCCCAACCCAGCCUGCCGCGCCAAGUCGAGCCUCGUGUUAUUCCCCCCAGUUCCAUCGGCACGAGAAGCAAUCUAGACCCUGGAAUGGCUCGCCGUAGAUUAAAAGAAAGGCCGCCCCUUUCAACUGUCAGCAUGGGGUCGUCUGUGUGCCUUUCUGGCCGCAAGUAUCCGCCCAAGCCUCAUCCCCUGCCUGAUGCCACGGACUGUGCCUGUCCAUAUUGCGCACGGCGGUUGAGCACCGCAAAAUUAGCCAAUGACCCCAGAUUUUGGGAUAAACACUUAGACGAUGACGUGCAGCCCUAUGUCUGCCUUUCGGAAGAAUGCACAUCACCAUUACUUUUUUUUGUUAAUAUGAAGGAAUGGGUCAAUCAUAUGAACUCUGUGCAUUCGGAGCAGUGGACCAGAAUGAUACAUAUGAGCACCUGGUUCUGCGAUACGAAUCAUGAAGAUAAGCAGUUUAACGAUCUUGAGAGCUUCAGGGAGCACAUGAGAGACCCAGCAAGCCAUCCAGGCCGACCACCGCCUAGCGACCUACAACUUGAUACCCUUUCCAGGAAUAAGCAAAAGACUCUCGUCCGUGAGGAUAAGUAUUCAUGCCCCUUCUGCGACUGCAUUCCAGACGCGCUCAAGCCUGUCAUUCCGACCAGUGAACCGAACGCUAUCCGAGACCAGCUUCACAAACAUAUCGCUAGCCAUAUCAAGGAUCUUGCCGUUUUGUCUAUCCCGAUACUAACCACCACAGAGACACCCAAGAGUGAGUCCGACGAGGCCGAAGACGAAGAGAAAAAUCGGCGGCUGCAAGAAGGUGAGGAAGCAUCCUACCCGAGCGGAUAUGAUGAAGAGCUCCGUGCAUUACGUCUCUCCGAUUAUGAAAACCCACACCCAGAAGAGAGGCCGUCUCCGGGCGUACAUGAAACUCAGAAUACGCACUGGCACGAUGUUGGAUUUAUCGAAUGGUACGAAAGCGAGAAGGGUAGAGACAACACAAUAGGGUUGGGAAAUGAUGCUGUGCUACAAGAUUUCACCCGAGUUCAACAUGGUGGCGGUGUCAGUCAGGACCUACCUUCUGUGCCGAGAGGACUAGGAAACCUGCCUGGGACGGUAAAGGCCUUUCCUCCUCCCACACUGUAUUCCCAAUGCCAGGAAGCAUAUGCCUUAGAUGAAAUCAACCACCGCAGAUAUCUUCCGGUGGAUUCGAUACGCAAACUCACCAAGAGGGAGAAUAUCGGCUCCGAACUAAAACGCAAAAAGAAGAUACCACUGGGAGUUUCAAAGUUGGCCGUUCAGACUGAGCAGCAGUCGAGCAAAAUAUUUCUGACCCUUUUAUUCUUCGACAAUGCCCUAGACAUCAAGGGGCUGCUUAAAGCAGGCUUUACAGACAAAGACCUUCCACUAAUCAAACUAAAUGAUACCACUCUACAAUCUUCUUCUGAAAAGGAGAAGCUGUUCAGGACACCCAAAGACUGGACUGAGCAGAACAUAGAUACCUUUAUCGAAAAACAGUGGGUCAUGAUAGCGCCAGUCUUCACAAACAAUGGCGAGCAUCGCGAGUUUGACACGAAUGUCUGUUUGCCCUUUGACAAUCUGGACGAGAAAGAACACACCAAUACCAAUGUCAUCUUCAAGGCAGAUAUCCACAAGGCGCACCAGAUUGGAUUUGAAGAUGACGCGCCCAGUCUUUCGGUUGCCCUGAAAGAGUUUGGAACUGGCAACUAUUUUAACAACGAGCGCGAGAACCUCGGCAGGAUUCGAGGACUGGUCAAUAAUAAGCACAUCACGAAAACCUUUGGGUCUUUCUCCCAGGGCAGCAGGAACUUUAUGAUAUUUCCAUGGGCUGAUGGCGGAGACCUAGACAACUUCUGGAAGGAGAAGGACGCCUACAAGCGGUCGCCCGAAUUGCUUAUCUGGUCCUUGGAACAAAUGCUUGGUCUCGCCGAAGGUCUACAAGCCCUGCACCAUGAGGUCAACUUGCGCCAUGACAAUUUAAACCCCGGAAAUAUCCUACACUUCCUCACAGGGGAGGGGAGAGGUAUCUUGAAGAUUGCCGGUUUUGGCAUAUCGAAAAUUCAUAACGUCGAUACUUUUGAUACUCAUACCAGGGCCAAAUCGCCAUCCUUUGAGGCGCCGGAGGCUGUGUCGAAAGAAAAGAGGGCAAGAUCGCGCAAAUAUGAUAUCUGGUCACUGGGUUGUAUCUACCUGGAAUUCGCAGUCUGGCUCAUCCAGGACUGGAAUAGCAUCCUGGAUUUCUACGAAGAAAGGAAACACAAGGCUUCUGCCAAUACUUUCGCUCAUUUCUAUCGCGAUUCCAACGGCCAGAUGGAGGUUCAACCGAAGGUAAAUGAGAGGAUUAAAUCAUUGAAGAGUAACCCCCAGUGCGGCGAAAAUAGUCCUCUAGGGGACCUUCUUGAUUUGAUCGAUGCUCACCUCCUUCGAGUAGAAGUUGAUGACCGCCUCGAUGCUGAGGGGCUGCGGGACAGGCUAGCGGCAAUUGUCAAGAAAGCCAAGCCUGAAUGA